CCGCCCGCCGCCGGCACUUCCACCCCCACUCUGGGCUCCGGGUGGUCCCGCGGCGGCGGCGCGCGGGGAAAAGGGCCGUCUCGGCGCCGCGCCCCGCCCCGGCCUCUGUGACGUCCGCGCCGGAACCUGGAAUUCGGCUCCGGGAGCUGGCGGCGGCGGAGGUGGUAGCGGCCGGAGCGGGUCUGCGGCGGCUGUCCGGGGCGCGAGGCGCAGCCAUGAGCGAGUCCAGUGCCAGUGCGCUCCCGCCAGGCAGGCGCAGCAGGCAGACCUUCAUCCACCCAGAGAACCUCUCUGUGGACUCCAGUGGCUUUUCUCCUCCACCUGUUAAUUUCCUUCAAGAAUUGCCAAGCUAUCGGUCCAUUGCACGCAGGAGGACAACCCUUCUUUCCCGAGACAAGCAAAGUGGCACUUUGCUGAAGCCAACAGACUCUUACAGCUCUCAGCUGGAGGGAGGAAUCACUGAAAACCUCGAUAGCCAGUCGAUUCGGAAGUAUGCACUGAACAUCUCUGAGAAGCGGAGGCUAAGGAACAUUCAGGAGACCCAAAUGAAGUAUUUAUCUGAGUGGGACCAGUGGAAACGGUAUAGCAGCAAGUCUUGGAAGAGGUUCAUAGGGAAGGCUCAUGAGAUGACCACCCACCUGGAGCUGUGGCGGGAGGACAUUCGCAGCAUAGAAGGGAAAUUUGGCACUGGGAUUCAGUCCUAUUUCUCCUUCUUGCGGUUUCUGGUGUUGCUGAAUUUGGUGAUAUUUCUGAUCAUCUUUAUGCUGGUUUUGCUCCCAGUCUUGCUCACCAAAUACAACAUCACCAACAGCACUUUCGUGCUCAUUCCAUCCAAAGACACGGAUGUUCAGUGCACCAUAUAUCCAAUAAGUAGCUCUGGACUCAUAUACUUUUAUAGUUAUGUCAUAGACUUGCUCUCCGGCACGGGUUUCUUGGAGGAGACCUGCCUCUUUUAUGGACAUUACACCAUUGAUGGAGUGAAAUUUCACAACUUCACCUAUGAUCUGCCCCUGGCUUAUUUAUUAAGCACAAUUGCCUACCUGGCCCUGAGCCUUCUUUGGAUAGUGAAAAGGUCGGUGGAAGGAUUCAAAAUCAACCUGAUCCGGAGUGAGGAGCACUUCCAGAGUUACUGCAACAAGAUCUUUGCCGGCUGGGACUUCUGCAUCACCAACCGCAGUAUGGCGGACCUGAAGCACAGUAGCCUGCGGUAUGAGCUCCGAGCCGAUCUCGAGGAAGAAAGAAUUCGGCAGAAGAUAGCAGAAAGGACAUCAGAAGAGACCAUACGGAUUUACUCUCUGAGACUGUUUUUGAACUGUAUUGUUCUAGCCGUUUUAGCCGCAUGCUUUUAUGCAAUCUAUAGAGCGACAAUAUUCUCACAAGAGCACAUGAAAAAAGAAAUUGACAAGAUGGUUUUUGGAGAGAACCUUUUGAUACUGUACCUGCCUUCUAUUGUGAUCACGUUGGCCAAUUUUAUCACCCCAAUGAUCUUUGCCAAGAUCAUCCACUAUGAGGAUUAUUCUCCAGGCUUUGAGAUCCGGCUGACAAUCCUUAGGUGUGUCUUUAUGCGGCUGGCUACCAUCUGUGUGCUGGUGUUCACCCUGGGCUCCAAGAUUACAUCCUGUGAUAACUACUCCUGUGAGCUGUGUGGCUACAACCAGAAACUCUACCCGUGCUGGGAGACCCAGGUUGGGCAGGAAAUGUACAAGCUGAUGAUCUUUGACCUCAUCAUCAUCUUGGCUGUGACGGUUUUUGUGGAUUUUCCCAGAAAGCUCCUGGUGACCUAUUGUUCUUCUUGGAAGCUGAUUCAGUGCUGGGGACAACAGGAAUUUGCCAUUCCUGAUAACGUCCUGGGGAUCGUCUAUGGGCAAACCAUUUGCUGGAUUGGAGCCUUUUUCUCACCUCUUCUCCCUGCCAUUGCAACCUUGAAGUUCAUUAUCAUCUUUUAUGUGAAAGAGAUGAGUCUUCUUCAUACCUGCCGACCCUCCCCCAGGCAGUUCAGAGCCUCCAAUUCUAAUUUCUUCUUCUUGUUGGUGUUGUUGAUUGGGUUGUGUUUGGCCAUAAUACCUCUGACAAUCAGCAUGGCACGCAUCCCUUCCUCGAAAGCCUGUGGGCCGUUCACCAACUUCAACACCACGUGGGAGGUGGUCCCCAAGACAGUGAGCACCUUUCCCAGCUCUCUGCAGUCCCUGGUCUAUGGCGUCACAUCGGAAGCCUUCGCAGUGCCUUUCUUCAUGAUAAUCUGCCUCAUCAUGUUUUACUUCAUCGCCCUGGCCGGAGCGCACAAGCGGGUGGUGGUCCAGCUCCGAGAGCAGCUGUCCCUGGAAAGUCGUGACAAGCGUUACCUGAUCCAGAAACUAACAGAAGCCCAGAAGGAUAUGAAGAACCGACUGGAUGGGCAAUGAGGAUCCUGCUCGUUAAGCUGACCUUGUGACCAGCCGAGCCUACACAGUCCACCUGGGUUUGGAGCAGAACUUGUAAAAUAUAUUUUUCUGGAGUUCAGGUCUUUCCUGCAGGCAGCUCUCUUCAUGCGGGUGCCGUGGCAUUGUUUUUGGUGACCGGCCCCUGUGGAAGGCUUUCGUGACUUAGAAAAAGCAGCCUGGUUUGAACCCAAGUGUUUGCCUGUAGACCAACGGCUUAGUGACUCUCCCCUAAAACUGACUUAAGCCGUUUAAGCUGUCAGGACAAAAACUGAGGAGGAGAGCCCUUUUAUAUUUUUCAAAAAGCUCAUUUGUGUGGUCUUUUAUGGUUCACUGUGGCGGUCACCCAGUUAUGAAGCUGCGCUAGUUCCUUUGCAGCCAGGUUCUGGGGGUUUAGGCUGAGAAGCGUUCCUUCAGAAGUAGUAACCCUUCAGACUUAAAAUGAGACCCGAUUUUUUUUUUUCCCAUAAAGAGAAAUCCUCGAAUUGUGGGAUGUUUGGAACAGAGGGUGGAAACAUGGAGAGGAUGGGUAUGUGAUCCCAGCUACCUGGUAGUUAUAUGAGAGAGAAAAGCCAUUCCUGCUGCGUCAGUAAGCAGUGUCUGAAGAGCCUGGAUGAAGCUUUAGGAGGAGGGGAAUGGCUGCAGGUCGAGGACCUUGACGUCUUAGCUCCCGGGGCAUUUUGCUACAGCCUUCGUACUCUGGGGGAAGCUGCUUCUACGGUGCUGGGUCCGUCCUGGUCCUGAGUUCUGAGACUUAGCAGAGGGCCCUGGGUCAUCAAAACUAAGAGGCAAAGUUUGUCUUUCAAGUCUUCCAAAAUGCCAUUUCCCUUGCUGCACUGAGGUCCCCAUCUCUGAAGGACACUACACGCUUCAGAGCCAGGCUGAAAAGGGCGGGUGGGGACGUGCACGGAGCACAGGGUUUAUGUGCAGGAGCGCCGGAGGGCUGUGGGUUGCAGCCUCAGACCAGCCUGUGCCAGUGACCCGGAGUACACUGAAUGCUGGCAUCUUCAAGGCACAUAGCCAUAUUUUAAGGGCUCUUUUAUAUUUUACAAAAUAUGCAGAGUAUUGCUUCAGGGAUUCUAUUACAGG